AUGUGUCAUUCAUCUAAUUGUGGAGGACAUUUUUCUGGACGAAAAAUAGCUGCAAAAAAUUUUCAGUGUGAUUUUUAUUGGCCUACAAUCAUUAACGAUUCUAUAGAAUUUAGUAGAACAUGUAUUUCAUGUCAAUCUAUAGGUAACAUGAGUAAAAAAGAUGAAAUACCCGUAAGUAACAUGUUAGUAGUCGAAAUUUUUGAUGUAUGAGAAAUAGAUUUCAUGAGUCUCUUCUCAUCAAUUGAAAAAUAUAAAUAUAUUUUACUUGUUGUUGAUUAUAUGUUUAAGUGAGUGGAAGCUAUUCCUACUAGAACUAAUGAUCCUAAAAUCGUGAUGAAAUUUGUGUAGGAAAAUAUUUUUUCAAAAUUUGGAUGUCCUAGAGUGAUUAUUAGUGAUGGAGGAACAUAUUUUACAAAUAUACAUUUCAGAGAACUGUUGAAAAAGAAUAGAGUACACUAUAGAAUAGCCACUCCAUAUCAUCUCCAAAUAAAUGGGCAAGCUGAAGUAGCGAAUAGGAAAAUUCAGAGAAUUUUGAGAAAAAUAGUUAGACCAAAUAGGAAAGAUUGGCCCACGAAAUUACAAGAUACAUUAUGGGCUUAUAGAACAGCUUAUAAAAAUUUCAUAAGUAUGUCCCCAUUUUAUCUCAUUUUUGAAAAGCCAUGUCAUCUUCUUGUGGAAAUAGAGCAUAAAGCAUUAUGGGCUAUAAAAAAUUUAUUUAUGGAUGAAAAAUCAGCUGAUGGGCAUAGAAUUUUUUAGCUACAUGAACUAGAGGAGUUGAGGAAUGAAGCUUAUGAAAAUCAUAGAAUAUAUAAAGAAAAAACUAAAACUUUUCAUGAUAAAUAUAUUAGCAGAAAAAAAAAUGAUGUUAGACAAAAAGUGUGGUUAUAUGAUUCUAGGCUGAAAUUAUUCUCAGGAAAAUAAAAAUCAAAAUAGAUAGGACCUUAUGUGGUGGAAGAAACAUGAUCAUAGGGUUGUAAUGAUUAAAGAUCCUAAAAGUGAUCAUAACAUGAAGAUAAAUGGACAGCGGCUUAAACAUUACAUAGAACAUGAACGUCUUGCAGAAAAAGAAAUUUUAUUAUUAAAAGAAAUUCAAGAGUAAGAUUAAUGUGUCUAGCUAGAGACAUUAAAUUCAGCGCUGCAUGGGAGGCAACCCAUAGUCUUUAUUUCAUUCUAUUUUUUUUAAGCUUUAUUUUUCUUAAAAUUUUGCAGUACAUGUUUCUGUAUUUGUUUUUUUUUUUUUUUUUUAAAGUGCAAGAGAAAGAGUGUAAGAUGAAGUGGAAAAUUAAAAACAAGGUUAAGGUGAUGUCUUUCUGAGCUUUAUCAUUUAUGACAACAUUUUUAAUACUUAACUUUGCAUAUAUGUAUGUUUCACUUGAAAAUUAUAUUUUCUACAUAUUUUGUUUUAAUUUUUCUCUGUCAUUGAGGACAAUGUCAUUUUUAAGUUGGGGGGUGAAAUAUUAAUUCUUAAUUUAUACUGUAAGACAAUUAAGAACAAGUGUUUGUAUUUUUUUUCAUACUCACUUAGAACAACAACUAAAAAAAAAUUCAGAAAAACUACAACAUCUAUUUUCUGGUUUUCUGUCAUGAACAAUAGAUUGUCAAAAACAACAGAGAAACAACAGCCCAAAUUUUGAAAUUCUAGAGACCCUUUUCUCACAUUUAAUCCCUUAGACAUAUAUUGCUGAAAUUCGAAAUUAUAGCUAUAAAGAUGAUAGUUUUGAUUUAUUUUUGACAAAUUUAUUGUUGCUAAAAACAAAACCAAAAAUAGAAAGCAAAACUGUCAAACCUAUCUAAUUUACAAAUUUCUUACAUCAUAUUGCAUGCACGAAAAAUUAAAUCAAUUAGGUUGAUUGAUAUCAAAAGAUACUAGGAAGAUUAUUAUUGAGUUAAAAGAAUGAUUUAGUAGGAUGAAAUGUUGAAAUACUCCUUGGAUACAUGAUAGAUAACAUGGAUUUGAUUUUACAGAUUUUCACUUCAUAAUCUUGAUGAAUAGUAUUUACUUGAUGUGAAAAUUUGAUUGAUCAUUUGAGUUUAAUAGAGAUUUUUACACCCUGAUCUAUAGGACUUGUGAGGAGAAAUCACUUAUUUUGAAAAACAAAAAGAGUAAUGUGAAAAAUCUAGAAACGAAGAGUACACAUGAAGGGUGUGAGACAUCAUUCUCAUUGUCAAAAAUCAUGCAUAGAAAAAUAUUUGCUACAAAAUAAGUAGAUAAAGUGAAAGCCCUAAAAAUGAAAAGUACACAUGGAGGGUGUGAGACAUCAUUCUUAUUGUCGAAAUUUGUCUAUAGGAAAAGCUAUUUAUGUACUAUAUAUAUAAAAAAAAAGAAGAAAUAUAGUACAAACUUUAAAAAUCAAGUCAUCAAAAAAGAGAAAUAUAGGAUCAAUAUUAUUUUUAGAUGAGUAUUGAUAAUUGGAACAUCGUGUAAAUAUAUCUAUGAAUGAAGAAGUGAUAAAGAUGUGAAUAGAAGAAGUGAAGUCUAAAUUAUUAUUCCAAGUCUUUCACGGGAAUGUGUGACGUGGGUUUAGUCUCACAUCGCUUGUGCAUCGAAGUUUUGAGUGAAUAUAUAGUAAUAUUAUAUUUGCAAACAAUGAGUCCAUUUCUACCACAUGUACCACCACUCUUUGUCCCACAUCUAGCUGGCCACUAGUGACGUGGAAGGAGAGUGGCGCACACGUGCCCCCAUCGGUCCUAGCUGCUCGAGCCCCUGCUCGUGACUCCCCCCUGACUGCACUUCUGACCCCCUUAUGGGCCCGGCUGGCCGGUAGGUCCCCCCCUUUUACUAUAUUUUUAUUUUAAUUUAUUUUUCUUCAUUAUCUCAAAAAUAUGACUAUAAAAAUCAUAUAAAUUCGUAACAAAUCACAUGAUUAGCCAAAAAAUUAUAUUAAUCAACUAAAAACCAAUUUUCACAAUUUAAUAUAAAUAUAAGUCUAUUUAUCAUGAUUUAAGGCUAAAACUAUAUUAUUUACUAAUUAUUAACUCAUGAUAAUUAAGACUUAUCACCAUGUAAGUGAAAAAUAUCAUUUGUGAAGACUUACUAUGUCUUUUGUUGUAGAUGGGUGCCUUAGAGGUAUAAAGUACUCAAAUUUACUUAGCUUGUUAAAAAUGAUGAGAAUAAAAUCAUAAGCUUUAGAUUUAGGUAGGCCCUUAAUAAAAUCCAUAGAAAUAUCCUUCUAUACUAUAUUAGGGAUAGGUAAUAGUUGUAGGAGACUAGUUAGUGAUAAAGUAAAAACCUUGUUCUACUGGUAGACAAGACACUCAUUCAUAUGUUGCUUUAUCUUCUUCUUCAUAUUGGGCAAAUAUAUAUGAUGUGCAAUUCUUUCGUAGGUCUUUAAUAACCCAGCAUGACCUCCUAAAGAAUUGUCAUAAAACUCUCAUAAGCAUGUGAAAAUAAGAGUAGUAAAUAGUACCAAUUGGCCUAUACAAAAACGUGAUCCUUGCUAUAGAGUAAUUUGGAAAGGAAUUGAGCCCUCUAUUGUAACAUUUUUAAUGUUAGAUAGCCUCUGAUAUUUUUCUACCUCUUAAUUGAUGAUCAACACAUCCACUGAUUCCACUAUGUUUAUAGGCGCUGCCUUUAGUAAACUCAAUUGUAGAGCUUGAGAGAGUGCAUCCACGAUUGCAUUCUUCUUCCAUUCCUUCUAAUAUAUUUGAAAAUUGAUCCCCAUUAAUUUAGUAACCCACUUGUGGUACUCUAAAUAAAUCUACUUCUAAUCAAAUAGAAAUUUUAGGCUAUAGUGAUAUAAUUGAAUAAUAAACAAUUUAAACAUAAGACAAUAUUCUUGUUUCUUAUUGACAUCACAAUAGUCAUAAUCUCUCAAGCUAACUUCGAUCAAGAUUUUUUAAGAAAAGUAUAACUAAAAUAGAUAAUUGGUCUUCCUUGUUGCAUCAAAAUUGUCUUUACUCCUUGUCUUAAAAUAUCUAUCUCAAUUGUAAAUGUUUAUGAAAAAUUAGGUAGAGGUAAUACUAGAGUAGAAGUCAUUGUUGUUUUGAGCUUGUCAAAGGCUACUUGAGCUUUUGAAUUGUGAUGAAAUGAAUUCUUCUUUAGUAAUCUAGUUAGAGGCCAAGCUAUAAUUAUAUAUCCUAUGAAAAAUCUCUGAUAAUAGUCAGUCAACCUUAAGAAUCCUCUUAAUUGUCCCAAAUUCCUAGGUAUAGGUCAUUCUAUUAUGGUUGAAAUGUUCCUUAUAUCUAUAGAUACCCCUUCUAUAGAAAUCCAAUGGUCAAGAUAUUCUAGUGGUGGUUGACUGAAUUAAUUUUUUUUGUCUUUAUGUAUAAAUUGUUGGCUAUGAGAAUAAAAAAUAUAUUUUUUAGAUUCUCUUCAUACUCUUUUAUAUUUUGGCUAUAUACUAAGAUAUCAUCAAAGAGUAAUAGUAUAAAUUUCUUGAGAUAUGACCUGAAAUUUUCACCAAAGAUGGGAUGGUGGCUGGAGUAUUUGAAAGUUUGAAUGGUAUAACCUUGAACUCAUAGUAGCCUUCAUAGUUUUAAAACCUAUUUUGGGAAUGUUAGCUUCCUUCAUUGAAUUUCAUAAUAUCUAAACUUCAUCUAAUUUGGAAAAAUAUAUCAUAUCAUAUAGUUUAUCUGAAAACUUAUUUAGAAUAGUGAUUGAUGUGACUCAUCUUUGUAUAGUAAAUCACGUAAAUUUAAAAUUGAUAAAACUAGAAAAUACAAAUUUUUAGAUAUUUAGAAGUAUUUCUAAACAAAUAUAUCAAGUAUGAUUUAAUAAAACUUCCAAAAAUAGUGGUAAUUUUCCAGGUCGAUCAUAGGGAUGUAAUAUAAUAUCUGAUAAUUAUUCAGAAUUUUCCUCAAAGAAUACUAUUUUCUAUAAAUUUUAUACUAGUAAAUGAAAAAAAAAUAUAUUUAAAAUUCACAAAAAAGGGAAAUAAGGGUGCAGAUGUCAGGAUGAUGUCAGCACCCGGCGAACGCGAAUCGGAUGGAAAUAGAGUUACGCCCGACGAUUCUUACAUAAGCAAUUAUAGACGAUUUAAUUGAUCAAAUUAAGAUCUAUAAAAGCCGGAAGAAUCGUAAUUAAACAAAGUAUAUUUUAGUAAAUUAAAAUCACACAAAUUAUCACUAAAUGAAGCGUAAAGUAAGUUGAAAGUAGGAAGAUAGAGUUCCGGCAUCGCGGCGGCGAUGCGUCGGCAAUGCACUAGAAUCUUGAGCGUUCAGGAGGAUAGUCGUGUAGUGUCCACGGCCUCAAAGGCUCUCCUUGGACAAGGACGAUGUGGGCAAUCUCUAGAUCUCCUUGCAAAGUCUAGAGAUCAAUGAAAUAAGUCGUCGAAUCGUCUUUGGCGGCUGUCACCUAGCGGAGCAGAAAAACGGCGACUUUGCGGCUCUCUGGCGACUGUCACCCAACAGAGAAGAGCUGGAUGGAGGUGGGACGUAUGUCAGGAAGCUUUGACGUGACUCAAUCGUUGUAUAUUAAAUCACGCAAAUCUAAAAUUUAUAAAACUAGAAAAUACGAAUUUUUGGAUAUUUAGAAGUAUUUCUGAACAAAUAUAUCAAUUAUAAUUCAAUAAAACUUCCAAAAAUAGCGGUAAUUUUCCAAGUCAAUCACAGAGAUGUAAUAUAAUAUCUGGUAAUUAUUCAGAAUUUUUCUCAAUGAAUACGAUUUUCUAUGAAUUUUACACUAGGAAAUAAAAUGGAAAUAUAUUUAAAAUUCACAAAAAAAGGGAAAUAAGGGUGCAGACGUCAGGAUGAUGUCAGUGCCCGGCGAACGCGAAUCGGGCGGAAACAGAGUUCCGCCUGGCGAUUCUUACGUAAGUGAUUAUAGACGAUUUAAUUAAUCAAAUUAAGAUCUGUAAAAGCCGGAAGAAUCGUAAUAGAACAAAGUAUAUUUUGGUAAAUUAAAAUCACAAAAAAUAUCACUAAAUGAAGCGUAAAGUAAGUUGAAAGCAGGAAAACAGAGUUCCGGCGUCGUGACGGUGAUGCGUCGGCGAUGCACCAGAAUCCUGAGCGUUCGGGAGGAUCGUCGUGCAGUGUCCACGGCCUUGAAGGCUCUCCUUGGACAAAGACGACGUGGGCAAUCUCUAGAUCUCCUUUCAAAAUCUAGAGAUCAAUGGAAUGGGUCGUCGAGUCGUCUCCGGUGGCUGUCACCCGGCGGAGCGGAAAAAUGGCGACUUUGCGGCUCUCUGGCGGCUGUCACCCGACGGAGAGGAGCUGGAUGGAGGUGGGGCGCGUGUCAGGGAGCUUCAUCCUCAGGUCCGCGCAGCAAGAGGAGGCUCUUCAUUGCAUCUGGUACGCUCUCAGGAGGUGGCGACUCGUCUCCCGGCGGAUCGUCCUCUUCCCGACGACGGCUUGUUCGUCGAUCAAUCGGAGAUGAUUUACUCGAUGGAUUCGCGAUCCUUUUAUCGCGAAUCAUUCAGCAAUUUUAGUAGCAAUGCUCUGCGAAUCGCGUUGACGAGAUUUUCGCCGAUGAUCCAGCGAUUCUCGUUGCUUAAUCCUUCACCGGCGAUCUGUAGGAAAGUCGCGAUAAUCAGAUAAAAAUAUAUAAAUUUUGACUCUGGGAGGAUUCAAACCCGCGCCGGUCGCCCGCCUUUGAGGAGGGUGUGACGCGGGUUUAGUCCCACAUCGGUUGUGCGCCGAGUUUUCGGGCGAAUAUAUUGUAAUAUUAGCUUUGUAAGCAAAGUCCCUUCUCUCGCGUGUACGACCACUCCUUGCCCUACAGCCGGCAAGCCACCGGUGACGUGGAAGGGGAGUGGCGCACACGUGCCCCUAUCGGUCCAAGCCGCUCGAGCCCCUACUCGCGGCUACUCCCCGACUGAGCUUCCGACCCGCUUGUAGGCCCGGCUGGCCGGCGGGUCCCUCCCUCAUUUUGUCUUAUUUUUAUUUAUUUUUCUUUAUUUAUCUCAAAAGUAAGACUGUAAAAAUCAUAUAAAUUCAUGUAAAAUCACAUAAUUACCCAAAAAUUCACAUUAAUCAACUAAAAACCACUUUUCACACUUUAACACAAAUAUAAGUCUAUUUAUCAUGAGUUAAGGCUAAAACUAUAUUAUUUACUAAUUAUUAACUCAUGAUAAUGAGACUUAUCAAGCUUCAUCUUCAGGUCCGCGCAGAAAGAGGAAGCUCUUCAUCGCAUCUGGUAUACUCUUAGGAGGUGGCAACUCGUCUCCCGGCGGAUCGUCCUCUUCCCGACGACGGCUUGUUUGUCGAUCAAUCGGAGAUGAUUUACUUGAUGAAUUUACGAUCCUUUUAUCACGAAUCGUUCAGCAAUUUUAGUAACAAUGCUCCGCGAAUUGUGUUGACGAGAUUUUCGCCGAUGAUCCAACGAUUCUAGUUGCUUAAUCCUUCACUGGCGAUCUGUAGGAAAGUCGCGAUAAUCAGAUAAAGAUAUGAGUUUUGGCUCUAGGAGGAUUCGAACCCGCACUAGUUGCCUGCCCCUUUCUGGGGAAGGUGACACGGGUUUAGUCCCACAUCGAUUGUUUCUGGUGAAUAUAUAGUAAUAUUACAUUUCUAAUCAUCCCUUUCUCGCGCAUGUACGACCACUCCUUGCCCCACAGCCGGCUGGCCACUGGUGACAUGGAAGGGGGGUGGCGCACAUGUGCCCCUAUCGGUCCAAGCCGCUCAAGCCCCUGCUUGUGGCUACUCCCUAACUGCGCUUCCGACCCGCUUGCGGGCCCGACGGGUCCCUCCCAUUUUGUCUUAUUUUUAUUUUUAUUUCUUUUUCUUCAUUUAUCUCAAAAGUAAAACUGUAAAAAUCAUAUAAAUUUCUAUAAAAUCACAUAAUUACCCAAAAAUUCACAUUAAUCAACUAAAAACCACUUUUCACACGUUAACAUAAGUAUAAGUCUAUUUAUCAUGAGUUAAGGCUAAAACUAUAUUAUUUACUAAUUAUUAACUCAUGAUAAUGAAAACUUAUCACACCCCCCAACUUAAAUCAUUACUAGUCCCUUAGUAAUAGAAUUACGAAAAUAAAAAUUUACAAAUCUCAAACAUCAUAUUUCAAUACAUAAAAAAAAUACAAUUAGAAAUGAUGCACCUUUAGACACUUUGGACUCUUAUAUCAAGUACUUAAGAAUGAUGUCAAGCACUUAAAUGUUUAAGCACUCCUUGGAAUAACAAUCUAGACUUCACUUUUUUUAUUCACAUCUUUAUCACUUCUUCACUCAUAGAUAUAUUUACAAGAUGUUCCAAUUAUCAAUAAUCAUCUAAGAAUAAUAUUGAUCCUACAUUUCCUUUUUUCUAUGGCUUAAUUUUUGAAGUUUGCACUAUAUUUCUUCCUUUUCUUUUUUAUUUAUAUAUAUAUAGUGGAUAAGUAGUUUUUCUUGUAGACAAAUUUUGACAAUAAGAAUGAUGUCUCACACCCUCCAUGUGUACUCUUAAUUUUCAAGGCUUUCACUUUAUCCACUUAUUUUGCAGCAAGUAUUUUUCUAUACACAAUUUUCGACAAUGAGAAUGAUGUCUCACACCCUCUAUGUGUACUCUUCGUUUCUAGAUUUUUCACAUUGCUCUCUCUUUUCUUUUUUUUUUUCCAAAAUAAUUGAUUUCUCCUCACAAGUCCUAUAGAUCAAGGUGCAAAAAUCUCCAUUAAACUCAAAUAAUCAAUCAAAUUUUCACAUCAAGUAAAUACUAUCCAUCAAGAUCAUGAAGUGAAAAUCUGUAAAAUCAAAUCUAUGUUAUCUAUCAUGUAUCCAAGGAGUAUUCUAACAUUUUAUGCUACUAGAUCAUUCUUUUGACUCAAUAAUAAUCUUCCUAGUAUCUUUUGAUAUCAAUCAAUCUAAUUGAUUUAAUUUUUCAUACAUGUAAUAUGAUGUAAGAAAUUUGUAAAUUAGAUAGUUCUGACAGUUCUAUUUUCUAUUUUCAGUUCUAUUUUUAGCAACAAUAAAUUUGUCAAAAAUAAAUCAAAACUAUCCUCUUUAUAGUUGUAAUUUCAAAUUUCAGUAAUAUAUGUCUAGGGGAUUGAAAUGUGAGAAAAGGGUCUCUAGAAUUUCAAAUUUCAGGCUGUUUUUUUUCUCUGCUGUUUUUGACAAUCUGUUGUUCCUGACAGAAAACCAGAAAAUAGAUAUUGUAGCUUUUCUAAAUUAUAUUUUAUUUUUAUUUUUUCAAUUUCUGUUCUAAUGCAAACACAUGUUCUUAAUCGUCCAAUAGCAUAAAUUAAUAAUGAAUACUUCACCCCCCAACUUAAAAAUGACAUUGUCCUCAAUGACACAAAAAAAUCGAAAUAGAAUAUGCAGAAAAUAUAAUUUUCAAGUGAAGCAUGCAUAUAUACAAAGUUAAGCAUUAAAAAUAUUGUCAUAAAUGAUAAAGCUUAGAAAGACAUCACCUCAACCUUAUUUUUAAUUUUCCACUUCAUCUUACACUCCUUCUGCACUUUUUCAAAAAAAACAAAUACAGAAACAAGUACUACGAAAUUCUAAGAAAAACAGAGCUUAAAAAAAAUCAAAUAGAGUGAAAUAAAAAACCAUGGGUUGCCUCCCAUGCAGCGCUGAAUUUAAUGUCUUCAGCUGGACAGCUCUUAGAUCAUAUAAGAUGAUCUAUGGCCAUCAAAAUAUAUUUGUAUCCCAAGGUAAGUUUCAUGAUAUUCUUUUUCAGAUUUAGCAUAAAUUCAUAUACUUCAUAUAUAUACCUUGACAUACUUUCAGCCAAAACAAAAUGGAAGUUAACAAAAUUUUCCCAAAAAUAAUAUUUCCAUUUUGAAAAGAAUCUUUCCUCAUUUCUAUCUUAUUUUGUAAGGCUCUCAUUCAUUAAUAAAUACUUUCUAUUAAUAGACUAUAAAAUAUGAUCAGGCCAUAUAAUUUUCAAAUUAGCUCUUACCCAAUCUAGAAUUUUUUCAUCUAAAUUAAUAUCUCUAAUUCUUCCACUCACCCAUUUCUUAAUGUGUUCUUUUAUCUGCAUAAUCUUUCCCUACUCUAUUUUAUCUUCCAUACAUAUUUGUUCACUUUGCAAGAGUGAAAUAUUUCAAGCUUAGAAGUAAUUCUAAUGGGCUGUGGAUUUUGAAGGAUGUAAAGAUUGUCUUCUUUAAUCUUAGAUCUAAUGAAUUCAGUAAAAUUCAAAUUUUCUCCUCCAAAAUUAUCUCUAUAUUCAUAUCUAUUGUUUUCGUUUCUCCCCAUUAGUUGAAUCAACUCUUUUUCUAACUUUUCAUUUCUCAACUCAUCAAAUUCUUCAUCUCCCCAAGAGCUAUCUUUUAAUUUCGGUAUAUGAUAUAUAUCAUCAUCCUCACUAUCAACAUCCAUGGCUGCAAAAUUAUGAUUAGAUUUAUUAAUUUCGUCUCCUACAUCUCCCAAGUCAAUUGAUUUUUCCUCACCUGAAAUAUAUUUUUCUUUAUUUUUGUCCUUACUCCCUUCUACUAAAAUUUGGAUUAUUCUUCCAUGAUCAGCUGCUGUUUCUUCAUCUAAGGGCUCUUUCUCCUCAUCGUCCUCACUAUAUUCAUUCAUCAAUUAUGAGUAAUAAAUAAUUUUAUUUAAAUUUUUUACUACUAUAUUUUCAGCCUUAAUAUUCUCAUUUACUUCUAAUGACUCAUCGAUUUCUUCUCAUAAUUGGAAAUAAGGAUCAGGUAAAAUAUUCUCACUCAAUGUAUUCACUGUCCUAAAAUUUUCAUUUUAUAGAUUUUUUUCUAAAUUUAUCCAACUAGACUCUCCUUGCUGAAAUCCUACUAUUGGACAGUUUCCUGAAUUUUCUAUGGGCUGACUAGGUGGUUGUCCCUCUUCUCUCCUAUUCUCAAAAGCCUCUAUAAUUUGUUUUUGGUGCAACAUCAUUUGAUUCAUAGUUUGUUACAUCAUUUGGCUCAUUUGUUGUAUCAUUUCAAUAGCAUCAGGUUGGAUUUGAGAGGGCUGAUUUUUCUGAAAUUUGUGUUCUUAUUUUGAACAAAAUUUAAAAUUUGAAUUGGAUCUAAGUGCUUCUAGAUUUUGAAUAUUAUUUAGGUUUCUCCACGAAAAAUUAUUCCCCUAAUUAGGAUUAUAAGAAUUAGAAAAAUAUUCCCUAUUUUUACUAAAAUCAUAGGGUACCUACACUUAUUCUUGCUUAGGAUGAUAUUGAAAUUCGAAAUAAUCAUUUUCACUAUACAUAGGACAAGCAUUAUAUACAUUCAAUUGAAGGUUAUGAGGCUUUCUAAUAUUCUCAAUAAGUAAAUCAAGUUUUUCUAAUCUUUGAUUAAUCUGAUUAACCUCAUUUCUAAAUUUAGAAUCAUCAUUAUGAUGCAAUUCAUAAAUUUCUCUCUUCUUAUCCCUGUCAUAUAAUUCAAAAGAGGCUUGAUCUCUAGAAUUUUCACUUAAAUUCUCAUAAAGAUUGUAAAUCUCAUCAGGGAUUUUCUCCAUAAGAGCUCCUCCACAUAUAGAAUCAACCAUAUUUCUAUGUUGUUCUAAUAAUCCAUCAUAAAAAAUUCUAUUGAGCUGCCACUUGGGUAUAGCAUGAUGAGGACACUUUCUAAGUAAAUCUUUGAAUGUUUUCCAUGUCUCAUGUAAAAUUUCUCCUGGUCUUUGAGAAAAAUUCCAUAUAUGUUUUCUCAUAUUUUGAGUUUUUCCUAAGGGAUAAAAUUUUUGAAGAAAGACCUAUUCUAUGUUUUUCUAACUAGUUAAUUAUCUAUCUAAUGUGGAUAGCCAAUGACUAGCUUUGUCCCUAAGUGUAUGAGGAAAUAAUUUCAUCUUAAUAAUUUCCAGUGUAACUUGAGGGAGAUUAACUAAAUCACAGAUCAUAUGAAAUUUUUUUAAGUGCUGAUGAGGUUCCUCUAAAGGCAAUCCAUGAAAAUUAGGGAGCAUUUGAAAAAUUCCUGAAUUUAUUUCGAAUUUAAUAGUGGGUGCUAAUGGGUCUCUAAUAUUAGAUGCUUUUUGAAAUGAAUAAAGGAUAUAAUGAUUUUUCAUGGCCAUAGGAUUGCUCUUAGUUUGACCUGUACUUCCUUCAGGAUCCAUCAAAAUUAAUUUUUCUUUCGGAUUUUUAGUUUUGAAUGAAAUAAUGAAAGGAUUUUCUAGCCUUGGAUACAAGGAUCUUCUACCAUACAUAAAAAAAUCAAUAAAUUCGAAGGAAAAGUUUAGUAAUUGUUACCCUCCUUCAGUAUACUUCAAUCCUUGCCUUGCUUCUUUUCGUUCCCUUUUUCUAAAAAAAAAAUUGGCAAGAAGAAAAUAAAACAAGAGUUUUUUCUUUUUUGUGUACUCUAAGAGAAAAAUAGAAAAAUACUAAAUAUUAUACAAUACAUCGUCAGGAACGGCAUCAAAAUUUGAUGUGACUCAGUCGUUGUAUAGUAAAUCACGUAAAUUUAAAAUUUAUAAAACUAAAAAAUAUGAAUUUUCAGAUAUUUAGAAGUAUUUCUGAACAAAUAUAUCAAGUAUGAUUUAAUAAAACUUCCAAAAAUAGUGGUAAUUUUCCAGGUCGAUCACAAGGAUGUAAUAUAAUAUCUGAUAAUUAUUCAGAAUUUUUCUCAAAGAAUACUAUUUUCUAUGAAUUGUAUACUAGUAAAUAAAAAACAAAUAUAUUUAAAAAUUACAAAAAAGGGAAAUAAGGGUGCAGACGUCAAGAUGACAUCAGCACCUGGCGAACGCGAAUCAGACGGAAAUAGAGUUCCGCCCGAUGAUUCUUACGUAAGCAAUUACAGACAAUUUAAUUGAUCAAAUUAAGAUCUAUAAAAGCUAGAAGAAUCGUAAUUAAAUGAAAUAUAUUUUGGUAAAUUAAAAUCACACAAAUUAUCACUAAAUAAAGCGUAAAGUAAAUUGAAAGUAGGAAAAUAGAGUUCCGGCAUCGCGGCGGCGAUGCAUUGGCAAUGCACCGGAAUCUUGAGUGUUCGGGAGGAUAGUCGUGUAGUGUCCACGGCCUCGAAGGCUCUCCUUGGAUAAGGACGAUGUAGGUAAUCUCUAAAUCUCCUUACGAAGUCUAGAGAUCAAUAAAAUGGGUCGUCAAAUCGUCUCCGGCGGCUGUCACCCGACGGAGAGGAGCUGGAUGGAGGUGGGGCAUAUGUUAGGGAGCUUCAUCCUCAAGUCCACGCAGCAAGAGGAGGCUCUUCAUCGCAUCUGAUAUGCUCUCAGGAGGUGGCGACUCGUCUCUCGGCAGAUCGUCCUCUUCCCGACGAUGGCUUAUUCGUCGAUCAAUCGGAGAUGAUUUACUUGAUAGAUUUGCAAUCCUUUUAUCGCAAAUCAUUCAGCAAUUUUAGUAACAAUGCUCUACGAAUCGUGUUGACAAGAUUUUCGCCGAUGAUCCAGCGAUUUUAGUUGCUUAAUCCUUCACCGGCGAUCUGUAGGAAAGUCGUGAUAAUCAGAUAAAGAUAUGAGUUUUGGCUCUAGGAGGAUUCGAACCCACGCCGGUUGCCUGUCCCUUUCUGGGGAAGGUGACGCAGGUUUAGUCCGACAUCGAUUGUGUACCAAAGUUUCUAGUGAAUAUAUAGUAAUAUUACAUUUCUGAUCAAGUCCCUUUUUCGCGCGUGUACGACCACUCCUUGCCCCACAGCCAGCUGGCCACUGGUGACAUGGAAGGGGGGUGGUGCACACAUGCCCCUAUCGGUCUAA